AUGGAGAAGAAGAAGCCGAAUGGGCGGACAGACGCUGGCCUGCGGAGCUUGAAUCAUUACCAGAACAGCCUGCCAAAAUGGCGCUAUUACCCCCGGGAGAAGGUCCUGCCGGUCGUGAGAUUCGAGACGCCUUACCUCGCCUGGUUGCAGCACAAAAUGCGCACCCCCAUGCUUGAUUCGUUCUUUGCGUUUACCGCCAAUCUCGGCACCCAUACUUUCUUCAUGACUUUCCUGCCGGUUCUGUUUUGGAGUGGAUAUCCUAGUCUCGGUCGUGGAACGGUCAACGUCCUGGCCGCGGGCGUGUUCUGGAGCGGCUUUGUCAAAGACUUGCUCUGUCUUCCUCGUCCGCUCUCCCCCCCACUGCAGCGCAUCACCAUGUCCGGAUCAGCUGCCUUGGAAUAUGGCUUCCCCUCGACCCAUUCGACCAAUGCUGUCUCUGUAGCCAUCUAUGCGCUAUGGCUUCUGCGCUCUGACACUACGCUAAGUCCGGCUGUCAACAUUGCGUGCCAAGUGGCUCUCUAUAUCUACGCGCUAUCCAUCAUUGUGGGCCGACUAUACUGUGGUAUGCAUGGAUUUCUUGACGUGGUCAUUGGAAGUGGCCUCGGCGCAUUGAUUGCAUGGGUUCAGUGUGCAUACGGUCCUGCGUUGGACAACUGGAUUGUCAGCGCCCCCGGCAAGGAAGUGAUUUUGAUGGUUCUGAUUGUGCUAGUGCUGAUCCGCAUACAUCCCGAACCCGCGGAUGAUUGCCCCUGCUUUGACGACAGUGUUUCCUUUGCCGCGGUCUUUAUCGGGGCGAAUGUGGCGGCUUGGGAUUUGUCCCGAUCCAGCAUUACAUCGGCCGAACUUACGCCUGAUACCAUUCCCUACCGGCUAGAGUCCCUCGGUUGGUUCAAGACCGUGCUGCGUUUCAUUAUCGGCGUUCUCAUCAUCUUUGUGUGGAGAGAGGUGAUGAAACCACUUUUGUUGCGCUCUCUGCCCCCUGUCUUCCGUGGCCUCGAGAAAGCUGGUUUACUACUUCCCCGGCGGUUUUUCACCCGCGCCUCUGAGUACAAAACGGUACCCGGGCAUCUCAAAGACGAAGAGGUUAUCCCGAACUUCUCCGAUAUUCCUUCUAUCCUUACGUCCAUCCGACAUCCCCGUCGAAGGGCUAUCUCGGUCGGACCUCAGUCCGAGGCCGAUGCAUAUGAAACACUGGCUUAUAGGGAGAAGCGUCGACGCGAAAGCGUCACUGAGCUCUUUCACGGUGUUCCAGCUAACCCUCCAGGUGAUGCCACCAAACGCUCCGUAUCCAAGUUGGAAGAGUACGAGUCUCAGAUGGGCACGGUCAGUCACCGACUAAGCCCCGAUGCCCCAGUCUCUGCCCAAACAACCUCUGCAGCUGCAGGCACUCUUCCGGAGGCUGGCUGUCCCUCCACAGCAGACGAGGAAGAUAUGUUUUCCAUGAUCAAAAAACCGCGCGUUCGCUAUGAUGUCGAGGUGGUGACGAGAUUAAUUGUAUAUAUGGGCAUUGGUCUGAUCGUCGUUGAUUAUAUGGCAUACGUGUUCGAUUUCCUAGGUCUGGCACCUUGA